AUGGUGCUGGAUAUGGAUCUCUUCCGCGAAGAAAAAGGGGGAAACCCUGAGGCUAUUCGUAACUCCCAACGACAACGAUAUUGUGAUCCUUCGAUUGUCGACAAAGUUAUUGAACUCGAUCAGGCAUGGCGGAAAGAACGUUUUCUCUUGGACGUUCUGAAUCGCCAAAAAAAUGUUCUGAGCAAAGCCAUAGGGGAGAAAAUGAAGAAGAAGGAAGCCCAAGGAACUGAUGAUAAUGUUGAUGACUCGAUCGUUUCAAAAUUGGAAUCUCUAAAAGUAGAGGAUCUCAGCGCUUUGACGGUAGUCCAAAUAAAAAAACUGCGCGUUCUGCUGGACGAGAAGAUGAAUGACACAAAGGCCUCCAUGGAAAAGUUGGAGGACGAUCGGCAUCAGUCGCUAAUACAAAUUGGCAACAUUAUCCAUCAUAGUGUUCCCGUAUCAGAUGAUGAGGCUAACAAUAGAGUUGAACGAACCCACGGUGAUAUCACAAGUCGGAAGAAGUAUUCCCAUGUUGAUCUCGUAGUUAUGAUUGAUGGCUUUGAUGGUGAACGUGGAACUGCUGUUGCUGGAGGCCGAGGCUAUUUCCUGAAAGGACCCCUUGUUUUCCUAGAACAAGCUAUCAUCCAGCUUGCACUGCAAAAGUUAGGUGAAAAGGGUUUCACUCCGCUCUAUACGCCGUUUUUCAUGCGUAAAGAAGUCAUGCAAGAAGUAGCUCAACUGAGCCAGUUCGACGAGGAGUUGUAUAAGGUUAACAGUAAAGGAUCUGAAGUGCUAGGAGAUAAUUCAAUAGAUGAGAAAUAUCUCAUUGCCACUUCCGAGCAACCGAUAGCUGCGUUCCACCGGAAUGAGUGGAUAAAGGAGUCUGAUUUACCUAUCAAAUAUGCUGGUAUAUCAACUUGUUUCCGACAAGAAGUUGGUAGUCAUGGAAGGGAUACUAGAGGUAUCUUUAGGGUUCAUCAGUUCGAAAAAGUCGAACAGUUCGUCAUUUGCUCGCCAUUGAACAAUGAAUCGUGGAAGAUAUUUGACGAAAUGAUAAACAACGCUGAGGAAUACUGUCAGCUAUUAGGAAUCCCUUAUCAGAUAGUAUGUAUUGUGUCGGGUGAACUCAACAAUGCAGCAUCAAAGAAGCUCGAUUUGGAGGCUUGGUUCCCUGGUUCUGGUGCCUUCCGAGAACUGGUGUCGUGCUCAAAUUGUACAGACUACCAAGCUCGUCGAUUGAAAGUUAGAUAUGGGAUGACUAAAAAGAUGGAUGGAGAAGUUCCUUUCGUGCACAUGCUGAAUGCAACUAUGUGUGCUACGACACGAGUGCUGUGCGCUCUGCUAGAAAACUAUCAAACUGAUGAUGGAAUUACGGUACCAGAGAUUCUCCACCCAUUUAUGCCAGAGAAAUAUCGCAAGUUCAUUCCGUUCGUCAAGCCAGCGCCAAUAGAUGAGGAAUCAAAAAAGAAGAGCGGGAAGUGA